AUGUCGUGGGAAUCGAGCCCAUCGUUGGAGUGCGGCCAGCGUCGACGCUCGACGACCGUCAUCAUGACGAGCAGCAACGUCUCGUCGCCGACCGCCGCCGUCGUUUCGGACGCCAUCCGACGAACGGGUAGCAUGCGACGAAGGCUAUCGAAACAGAAUGCCACGAUUGAAGAGCCGUCUCUUCUUAAUGCUACGAAAGAAGAGGAAGAGGUGAAUGUGCCAAGUAUCACCGAGAUGCCCGAGGAAGCAAUUGAAGAGAGCUCUCGCGCCCAACGACUUCAGCGAGAGGACGCCGUCGUCGGGGAUGAUGAUACGAAACUGCGACCGCCGGCGAGCCUCAUGAAACAAUCUUGGUCGAACUCGAAGUCGCUUAGCCGCGAGUCGUCCGGCACCGAGUUCUCCGAUCGCAGCGGAAUCAAUCUUCGCGAAUUUAUCUCGCACACACUUCACAAAAGCGAGGAGGAUCGACGGGUUCUUCUCGAAUUUGAGAAGGAACUCGUGCAGCUUAUUGAGGAUCCAAAUGUUCAAUCGAAGAAAUUCGUGCCGGUGAACUCGUACCAUCGAAUGCUUCUUCACAGAUGCGCUGCCUAUUAUGGAUUGGAUCACAAUGUGACGAAUUCUGGAACAGAAGUGGUCGUCAAUAAAUCGGAAAAAACUUUGAUACCCGAAGAAGCUUUCAAGGACUUCAUACUUCAUGACAAUUAUCGCGAGCAGUUUCCAGGACGAUGCCACAGAAAUCAACGCGUCAUGCAGGAUCCGGAGUUUGGCGGAAGCCAGACAAGUUUGGAUCAUGAUCUCCUCAUGAUGCGUCACACACAGUCGUUCGAAGCGAUGGCGAUCAAUCAAGCCAUCCCUCCGAAUCGUCCAGUCUAUCGUCCGAUGCGUCAAUACUCCCUUCAGACGCAGCCUCUACCUCAACCGGCGCCACAACAACAACACCAACAGCUGAUGAGCCCGCAAAUGGCGUGGACUCAGCAGAGGUCGUUUGAGCAUCAAGGGUUCCCGAAUCAAUUCGCGCCAAGAUUCCAGCCGAGUUUGAAAAAAGCCGAGAGUUUCGGCGGAAUGGCUCGAGCGGUAUCCUACGGCAGUCGUCUCGAUGGUCCGACGAUCUGUCCGACUCCGCCGUCCGUCAUGGUCCAGCCGGCAAUGGCCGUCGCGUCGCCGCCGAUUCUCGUGCAGGAGUCGGUUCCACAGCCGUACUACGAACAGCAGCAACAGCCGCAACCCACUUAUGUCUAUGUGUCGAAUCAGCCGAUUAUGUAUGCGACGCCCGUCUACACCGAAAUGCCAUACCAGCAAGUGCCGAUGGCGGCGGCACCCCAACAGCCGGUGAUCUAUCAGCAAGAAUAUGUACCACAACAAACUCAAUAUUAUGCGCCACCGGCUGUCGUCGACAACUUUCCCGUCAUCGAGCAAUUCCAACCACCACAGUUGACGGUUCCCGAGAAGACCGAGACGCCGCAAGGCUACACAUCGACACAUCAAGCAGAAGUGGCAAAUAGUUUUAUUAAGGGGAGUAUUGAUGCGGGUUACGGUAGCAUGAAUCAGGAAGCCGAUUCGUCGCGGGAGUCCGAAGGCGCUAGUCAACCGGAGGAUGGGGCGCAACCAGUUGUUGAAGUCAAACAAUAA